AUGGGGGCGGGGAAGUCCUAUGUGUUUGAUCGAGUGUUUCCAACCAACACCACCCAGGAGCAGGUCUACAACACCUGCGCCAAGCAGAUUGUCAAGGAUGUUCUGGGUGGAUACAAUGGAACUAUUUUCGCAUAUGGACAGACCGCCUCCGGGAAGACCCACACCAUGGAGGGCAAGCUGCACGACCCUCACCAGAUGGGUAUCAUUCCUCGCAUCGCCGAGGACAUUUUCAACCACAUCUUCGCCAUGGAUGAAAACCUGGAAUUCCACAUCAAGGUUUCAUACUUUGAGAUCUACAUGGACAAAAUCCGUGACCUUCUGGAUGUGACGAAGACCAACCUGUCGGUCCAUGAGGAUAAGAACAGGGUGCCAUUUGUCAAGGGAUGCACUGAGCGUUUUGUCUCCAGCCCUGAUGAGGUGAUGGAUGUGAUCGACCAAGGCAAAGCUGCCCGCCAUGUUGCUGUGACCAACAUGAACGAGCACAGCUCUCGCAGCCACAGCAUCUUCCUGAUCAACAUCAAGCAGGAGCAUGUGGAGACUGAGCAGAAACUGUGUGGAAAACUCUACCUGGUGGAUCUGGCUGGAAGUGAGAAGGUCAGUAAGACCGGCGCUGCAGGAGCCGUCCUGGACGAGGCUAAAAACAUCAACAAGUCUCUCUCUGCUCUGGGAAACGUCAUCUCUGCUUUGGCUGAGGGCACGCCCGGCGGAGAGCAGAGCCUCGUGCUGCAGCGUCACAUCCUCACAUGCAGCGCCACGAAGCAUCGUGUCAUUACUUUACAGAGCAGCAGCUGCCAGCCCGAUGAUGCAGUGACCAACCCUCAGUCAUCCUCUGGCCCCUCUCCACCAUAUCUGAUAGGCCGUUUCUUGGAAGGCAUCAGGAACCAUUAUGGGAAGGCAGUGGAGAUUAUUGAUUAA